AUGUCAAGACAUCGAGAAUGGGAUUUGUCUUGUAAAGUGUAUGUAGGCAACUUAGGGAAUAAUGGAUCCAAAUACGAACUUGAAUGUAUUUUUAGUAAAUAUGGUCCAUUAAGAAAUGUUUGGGUUGCAAGAAAUCCUCCAGGAUUUGCCUUUAUAGAGUUUGAAGAUCCGAGAGAUGCUGAAGAUGCAGUACGUGGCCUUGAUGGUAGCAGAAUGUGUGGUACCAGAGCUAGAGUAGAAAUGUCAUCAGGGCGGACCAGGCACAGAUCUGCCCUGGAAUAUUCAAGAUCUCCGAGAAAGCAUUCUUAUAGUAGAUCAAGAUCCAGGAGUAGAGAAUAUAGAAGGUCACCAAAUGAACGUCGUUCCCCAUAUGACUACCGUUCUCUUUCAAGAGAAUAA